AAAGAGCUGGCUGAGGUGCAGACAGAGAAUCAUCAGAGACUGAAAGAAAGAGAAGGAGAGCUGAAAGAGAUGAAGAAGAUGCUGGAGGCAACGAAGGUAAGGGCUUAGGACACACACACACACCACAACACACCAGUGUGUGUGUGUGUGUGUGUGUGUGUGUGUGUGUGUGUGCGUUUGUGUUCCUCAAUGAGUACCUUUCUAUGCACCUCCAUACAGUACCUGUGUGUGUAUGUGUGUAUACCUGCGUUUGUGUCCCCAGCGCUCAGCAGACAGGGUACAUGGUGACACAGAAAUGGUGCUGUCGGAGCUCCAGCGCUCGGUGGAGAGGCUCCAGGAGCUGGUGGAGGGUGUGAUGAACCAGGCUGGGCAGGAGAAAGUAAGCGAGGCCCAGGACGUGGUGGACAAGCUGGAGGCCGAGAUCUCUGAGCUGAAGAGGAGAGACAAGGACAUGAAGGAGGUGUUCCGCUGUGAAGACAACAUCCACUUCCUAGAGGUAGGACGCUUUUCUGUUUCUGUGACCCUUUUAUGAAUUUUUGAUCCAAUUUGGCUGCAUGCAGCUGGUUGAUGGCCGUAUUGGAAAUGGCUGGGAUGGGCCAAUAGUUAAUAAACAGCCCUAGUCAUGCUUUUAUCACAAAAGGGAUCAUUUCUUAAAUGACUCCUCUCCUCUCCUCUCCUCUUUCUGAUUUCCUUUCUCCAUCUCUGCCCUCUUCCACCCCCAUCCUCCUCUCCUCCUCCUCCUCCUCCUGUGCCCCCCCACCCUCCCUCCAGACCUGUGAGUCUCUGUGCAGCCCGUUUGAGUGUAAUGAUCUGCCGUGUGUGGUGGCCAAUCCAGAGGCUACGUUUGAGCCUGUACGUGAAGCCAUCCUGAACCUACGGGAGAGGGUGGAGGACAUGUGCAACGUGGAACUGGGCAAGAUCACCAAGACAGGUGUGUCAGAGUGGAGGACAUGCAUGCUAUACACACACGCAUACACACUAUACACACACUAUACACACACACACACACACAUACUAUACAAACACACACUAUACACACACACACACAUACUAUACACACAUAACACACAAACUAUACACACACACACAGAAAAGGCACUACUAGCAGAGAUCACCAUUACCUCGUUCACUAUAAACAUCGUUAUAAAGACAGAGUAUUUUUUCCGCACUAUGUUAUAGACUGAUAUCAGUGGACCAGUACAAUGUCAAUGUGUUAAUAAAAUGUUAUUUCUCAUCCUUCUCUUCAGUGAAUGAUACAACACUGUUCACCUUAGGAGACAAAGGCGAGUUCUAGUCCAGAGGAUGUCUCUAGCUCUGGUCCAGGGUGUUACGUGUGGCCUGUUGAAGAAGUUGAACUUCCUCUUCUUGAAGAAGGCUCAGCAUAAGCAAGCCUGCUCGUAAUGCCCUGGACCAGAGCAAGAAGCCAUCGAUUACCAAUAAACAUUUAAAUCGGCGAUUGACAGACUGUACUUACUCACUGCACUGUUUUUCCCCAUCAUAGCCAAAAAAAAUGGCGGACAGAAGACGGGAGGGUUUAUGAGUUGUGAGUAGUUUUCUCCGUUCUUUAUGGGUAGCAUGACUUGGUCUUUCAUAAUUCAGUGAGAUUGUGAAUUAAUCUGAAUUGGAUAUUUCAGUGAACAGCAAAUAAUGUGUCGAAAGGCAAUAUUUCAUUUCCGCAGUGGAGAUGCUUUAUACUCAGUGUCUGUUCCUUUUACUGCUGGUCUAUGACUUGUGUAGUUGAGUGCUUGGUCGUCAUCAUUCAUUGUGCAGUUUGGAUAUGAAAUACAUAACCUGGAAUAAUUAUGUAUUUUUCCUGAUGAAGGCCACUGAUGAAGGCCAAAACGUCAAGCUUUUAAUAAUUGUUUAAAUAGAACAAUAUGUUUUUAGCGGUGAGCGAGCGUUGCGAAUUUUCCUUUUCAAUGACUAUUCCAUUAUUCCACAGUGUUUUCUGGUCUGGGAUCCAAAACAACAACAACAAACAGCCGUCCUGCAGGUAUGUACUCUAGCCACUGUUUCCUGUAUCGGUUGUAACAUGUGGUUUGUGAUAGGUCAUUGAAUGACACAUAAUGAUGUGUAUGUUCGUCGUUGUGUUUCAGCUCCCACACCGACUGUCUCCGUGGCGGUUCGAGGUCCUAACUCACGUGGUAGGUUGAUGUCAUGUGGCUAGUUUCAUCCCAAAUCUCACUAUGAGGAUCAGGAUCAAACAUUACAUCAUGACAUAUUGUCUUCUAACUAUUCUAGCUUUAAUCAUGUCUCCUGUAGGUGUAGGCCUGCUCUCUCAGGAUGUUAGGAGCAGAGAUGAACCACGAGGUGAGACGUCUGUGUGUGUGUUUGCGUGUGUGUGUGUGUUUGCAUGCGUGCAAGGGGUUUAAACUCUCUUCUAUCUCUUUCCUUUAGCUGACAGAGACCGGCCGAGGAGAGAGGAGAGAGAACCAGGUAGCACACACACACACACACAGAGAAAAGCCCAGAUUUUCUUUGUGAACUGUCGUCACAUAACUGGUUCCACAGGUUGGCCUGCCUCACAAGGGGAACAUUUCCUUAUCAUCUGUGUAUGGUCCUCCUUCCUUCUCCUCCAUCAGUACUGUGUCAAAUCAUGAACCUCUUAAGAAUAACUGCAGAUAUCAAUUCCAUGAAUGUAUCACCUGACCACCUCCCUAGGUGGGCAUGACCAAUACUACAAAUCCAGUCAUCAUUAGAGUGUAUGAAACCUAUUCAACCGCCUCUCUUUUCCACUCAUUCUCUAUGCAAUCAUAAAGGCGUCCGCAUACAUACAGUGAGGGAAAAAAGUAUUUGAUCCCUGCUGAUUUUGUACGUUUGCCCACUGACAAAGACAUGAUCAGUCUAUUAUUGUAAUGGUAGGUUUAUUUGAACAGUGAGAGACAGAAUAACAACAAAAAAAUCCAGAAAAACGCAUGUCAAAAAUGUUAUCAAUUGAUUUGCAUUUUAAUGAGGGAAAUAAGUAUUUGACCCCUCUGCAAAACAUGACUUAGUACUUGGUGGCAAAACCCGUUUGGCAAUCACAGAGGUCAGACGUUUCUUGUAGUUGGCCACCAGGUUUGCACACAUCUCAGGAAGGAUUUUGUCCCACUCCUCUUUGCAGAUCUUCUCCAAGUCAUUAAGGUUUCGAGGCUGACGUUUGGCAACUCGAACCUUCAGCUCCCUCCACAGAUUUUCUAUGGGAUUAAGGUCUGGAGACUGGCUAGGCCACUCCAGGACCUUAAUGUCCUGCUUCUUGAGCCACUCCUUUGUUGCCCUGGCCGUGUGUUUUGGGUCAUUGUCAAUCUGGAAUUCCCAUCCACAACCCAUUUUCAAUGCCCUGGCUGAGGGAAGGUUCUCACCCAAGAUUUGACGGUACAUGGCCCCGUCCAUCGUCCCUUUGAUGCAGUGAAGUUGUCCUGUCCCCUUAGCAGAAAAACACCCCCAAAGCAUAAUGUUUCCACCUCCAUGUUUGACGGUGGGGAUGGUGUUCUUGGGGUCAUAGGCAGCAUUCCUCCUCCUCCAAACACGGCGAGUUGAGUUGAUGCCAAAGAGCUCGAUUUUGGUCUCAUCUGACCACAACACUUUCACCCAGUUCUCCUCUGAAUCAUUCAGAUGUUCAUUGGCAAACUUCAGACGGGCCUGUAUAUAUGCUUUCUUGAGCAGGGGGACCUUGCGGGCGCUGCAGGAUUUCAGUCCUUCACAGCGUAGUGUGUUACCAAUUGUUUUCUUGGUGACUAUGGUCCCAGCUGCCUUGAGAUCAUUGACAAGAUCCUCCCGUGUAGUUCUGGGCUGAUUCCUCACCGUUCUCAUGAUCAUUGCAACUCCACGAGGUGAGAUCUUGCAUGGAGCCCCAGGCCGAGGGAGAUUGACAGUUCUUUUGUGUUUCUUCCAUUUGCGAAUAAUCGCACCAACUGUUGUCACCUUCUCACCAAGCUGCUUGGCGAUGGUCUUGUAGCCCAUUCCAGCCUUGUGUAGGUCUACAAUCUUGUCCCUGACAUCCUUGGAGAGCUCUUUGGUCUUGGCCAUGGUGGAGAGUUUGGAAUCUGAUUGAUUGAUUGCUUCUGUGGACAGGUGUCUUUUAUACAGGUAACAAACUGAGAUUAGGAGCACUCCCUUUAAGAGUGUGCUCCUAAUCUCAGCUCGUUACCUGUAUAAAAGACACCUGGGAGCCAGAAAUCUUUCUGAUUGAGAGGGGGUCAAUUACUUAUUUCCCUCAUUAAAAUGCAAAUCAAUUUAUAACAUUUUUGACAUGCGUUUUUCUGGAUUUUUUUGUUGUUAUUCUGUCUCUCACUGUUCAAAUAAACCUACCAUUAAAAUUAUAGACUGAUCAUUUCUGGGCAGUGGGCAAACGUACAAAAUCAGCAGGGGAUCAAAUACUUUUUUCCCUCACUGUAGGUUCGGUUUGCUCCUAGCAAAACUUGUCUAGGCGAAGUGAACGUCUGUGCUCACAUACUCCCUAAAGACCUUCGCUUGAAAAAUGAGGAAAAAGCGGCAAUAUUACUAUUGUUUGUCCCUCUUGAAGCACCGUAGCAACCACAUACCCAGUAAUACUUCCUCAAAAUAGUCUGAAUUAAUCUAAGAUAAAUCAAGAAAUCUGUAAUUAAUGUGGAAAUUUUUGCCAAUGAGGUCUUAGUUGCACAAUUUCACAUCUAACUAAGAUGUUUGGUGCAGUAUUUCACAAGUGAAAAAAUGUGCAUGAAAACUAGUCGUCUCUCGUUGAACGACAAACACUUAAUUGAAGAAUCCCGUCCAUAGUUCCCAAUCUUACUAAGAGUAGUCCUGUUGACCAAUCUCCGACAAAGGGGCGUAGACUUCGGCUACCGAACUUCAACUUGCAUCUAGAAAAAAUGUAGUGUAUGCAAACAGCCAAGGAAACCCCUGCCGAACACCAAAAUGAACCAAAACGUCACAAAAAUGUGUCAUAAACUGUUUAGACUGGGAAGCAUACUGUAUGCGUCGCAGUCGAAACAGUUUGUGCAUAUAUUAUGACUACAUUUUGUGACGUUUUGGUUCAUUUUGGUCUUCAGCAGUUUUUUGGGGCUGUUCGUGCACACCAAAAAAUUUAUUGAGGCAAGUCGAUGUUCGGUAGCUGAAGUCCACGCCCCUUCGUCAGUGAUUGGUCAACAGUAUUACUGGACCAGGUACUGCUCCUAGUAGGAGUGGGAGCUAUGGACGGGAUUGUUUGUUGGCUAGUUUUAAUGCAAAUUUUUUCACUUGAGAAAUACUGCACCAAACAUUUUAGUUAGAUGUAAAAUUGCACGACUAGGACCUCCUCGGCAAAAACAUCAACAUUUAUUACAGAUUUCUUGAUUUAUCUUUAUUAUUCUAUUUUGAGGAAGUGUUACUGGGUAUGUUGUUGCUACGGUGGCUCAAGCGGGACAAAACAGUAAUAUUGAAGUUCUUCAAGCAAAGGUUGUUUCAACAGACCGAGUUCUGCUAGAAGCAAACUGAACCAAUGUAUGCGGACGCCUUUAGACUCACCAAGCCAUGCUCACCCAGUAAUACCUCUCGUCUCUCCACAGCCAGAGAGGCAACCCCCAGACCAAGCGGCAGAUCUAAUCCCACUCCGAGCCGGAGACAGCCAGCCAGAAAUAGCCCUACCCAAAGUCGAAGAGAGACGCGCAGACGCAGCCCCAGCCCCAGCCCCACUCCAAGUCGUAGAGAGCCAGCCAGAACCAGCCCUACUCCAAGUCGUAGAGAGAAGCCAGAACCAGCCCUACUCCAAGUCGUAGAGAGCCAGCCAGAACCAGCCCUACUCCAAGUCAUAGAGAGCCAGCCAGAACCAGCCCUACUCCAAGUCGUAGAGAGCCAGCCAGAACCAGCCCUACUCCAAGUCGUAGAGAGCCAGCCAGAACCAGCCCUACUCCAAGUCGUUAGAGAGCCAGCCAGAACCAGCCCUACUCCAAGUCGUAGAGAGCCAGCCAGAACCAGCCCUACUCCAAGUCGUAGAGAGCCAGCCAGAACCAGCCCUACUCCAAGUCGUAGAGAGCCAGCCAGAACCAGCCCUACUCCAAGUCGUAGAGAGCCAGCCAGAACCAGCCCUACUCCCAGCCGGAGAGAGCCAGCCAGAACCAGCCCUACUCCCAGCCGGAGAGAGACACCCAGACCAGAACCCACCCCCAGCCCUACCCCCCGUGCUGUUACCCAAGCCACCCCAGCCUCAGGAGCUUUCAGCCGGAUGGGCUCCAUAGCAAGUCUCUUCCGCUCCCAUCGACGUGCCACACCGGCAGCAGGACCAGUCAACAACAACACUGGUGGAGUUAACCCAUGUGAGUCCCUACCAGAGAGAAUGAUAGAGGCCUCUAGUGGCCAAAAGGCUGUAUUAGCAUGGGCAGCACCAUUGAGGGCUUCCACCAUUUUAACGUAGUCAACUGGGUGGGACUUCCAACUUCACUGGAGUCAUGUACAACCGGGUCAUCAGGACGGAUCAGCCAAUCGUGAAAAUGGAGAUUGCCUCAAUGGCGCUGCCCAUGCUGUCACAGACUCUUAAAUGGCACAGAUACAAGGAUGAGUCCUCUAUCUAUCUCUAUGGUCCCGACCCUCAACCCUUUAACCCCAUCAGAGGUCAUACACCCUGGUCUUACUAGCCUUUCACAAGUGUAGACACUGUAUAAUGUACCCUUGACCUUUAACCCCAUCAGAGGUCAUACACCCUGGUCUUACUAGCCUUUCUGUUUCGACAGGGGAGAUGGGUGCUCUGACUGAAUCCCAACCAGAAGUGAAUACCAGCCUCUUCCUGGAUCCGCCGACCCCUGACCCCAUCAUGAAUCAGAUGCCAGCUUUCCCUGCAUGUGAGUCAUCAUUCAUUCCUUUUCUUCAUCCUCCAAUUCUUCCUCUCUACAUCUGAGGAAAACAUAUUGCCCUAUACUUAUGGUUACCCUUGUUGUGAUCAGUGGUGUAAAGUACUUAAGUAAAAAUACUUUAAAGUACUACUUUAGUAGUUUUUUGGGGUAGCUGUACAUUACAUUUACGUCAUUUAGCAGACGCUCUUAUCCAGAGCGACUUACAAAUAGGUGCAUUCACCUUAUAGCCAGUGGGAUAACCACUUUACAAUGUUAUUUUUUUUUUUUUGAUCUGAUCUGACGGACUCACUAAAAACAUUUGCAUCUUUUAUAAAUUAUGUCUGAGUGUUGGAGUGGGCCCCUGGCUAUCUGUAAAUGUUUAAAACAAGAAAUGGUACUGUCUGCUUGGCUUAAUAUAAGGAAUUUGAAAUGAUUUAUACUUUUAGUUUUGAUACUUAAGUAUAUUUAGAACUAAAUACUUUUAGAAUACAAGUAGUAUUUUACUGGGUGACUUUCACUUUUACUUGUAUAACUUUCUAUUAAGGUAUCUACUGUAUACUUUUACUCAAGCUGGGUACUUUUUCCACCACUGGUUGUGAUCCUCUCCCCUCAUGCUGCCUCUGUCUCCUGUAGUGAGGGAGAUAGACAUCUCCAGCAUCCAGGCCCCAGAGCCCAGGAGCAGAGAGGAGUUCCUGCAGUGUGAGUAUAGAACAGCUUAACAUAUAUACAGAUGCAGGCUGUUCCAGUUAGCUCCCUACCCUGUCUCCUUGGCCCUCACCCUUCCAUGUUUGCAGAUCUGAAGGGUCUGGGUAGGUAUAAGCAGUGUAGCGUCCACCAUUUUGAUUCCAACUUUCAGAUCUGGAAACUUCAGAAAGUUAGGGCCAAAGGGAAGGAAGAGGCUCAUUAUACAGCAAAAACAGCUGACUACCAAAUCUGCAAAGACCUUAUCCCCAUACCAUAACUAUUCAUCCAUCCCUCCACUCUCCCUUCCCCCAGAUGCCUGUACCCUGACCCUAGACAUGAGGACAGCCCACCGGCGUCUGAGCCUGUCGGAGGGUAACACCAAGGCCACCCUACAGGGGGCAGGGCAGCCCUACCCAGACUGCCCCCAACGCUUCGACGGCUGGACCCAGGUGCUGUGCCAGGCCCCCCUGUCCGCCCAGCGCUGUUACUGGGAGGUGGAUUGGCGGGGGAAGGGGUCAUCCAUGGGCGUAGCUUAUGGAGCCCUGAGCAGGAAGGGGGCGGAUGCCAGGGUGGGACUUGGCUACAACGCCCAAUCAUGGAGCCUGGAGCUGUCGGAUACGUGUUGCACGGCAAUGCAUGCCAAUGAGAAGAGGGAUAUCCCGGUGACGUACUCGCCGCGUCUGGGGUUGUUCCUGGACCUCACCGCAGGCACCCUGGCGUUCUAUAGCGUGGCAGAGAGCAUGGCGCACCUGCACACGUUCCGUGCUAACUUUACACAGCCGCUGUACGCGGCCUUCGGAGUGGGUAGUGGAGUUGGUGUUGGGUUGGACUUUGGUCUGGGUCAGUUCAGCCAGACAUCCGACAGCAUCAAGAUCUGCCCCAUGUGAUGAGACCGACAACCUCUGUAUAGAUCCCCAUCUGUUAUCGCCGCUUUAUAUGAAAUCGUUUAACUUUAAUUGUUUGUUUCCUAAACAUUUACAAAAUAGCCCAAGUGCUGCACUUCUGACAAAUAGUGUGUGUGUGUGUGUGUGUGUGUGCGUGCGUGCAUGUGUGUGUGUGCGUGUGUGUGUGUGUGUGUGUACACUAGUCCAUUAGUUAUAAGACAAAUAUAAAACAGACAACCAAAUCAUUUUUCAUUUCCUUUAUUAAAACAAAAGCACCAAAAUGAUAAUCUUGGGUGUUUUAUGAAGCGUCGAGGAGAGGCGCGAGGUCUAAAACGAAUAAUGAACACUUCCAACUACACAGAGCCCAUAAGAACCUCCACCAUCACCCAUCAGCUAGAUUCAAUAGAGCCAACAGUAUGAGACAUAGAACUAUAUUCAAUAGAGCCAACAGUCUUCACCCCUCUCCUCCCACAUAGCAGAAACCCUGGUAUAA